AUGACCGAAAAAGCCUUCCUAGUGAUGGGGGCGCUUAUAGGCAUGGCCCUAGCAGCCCCUACUGACCCCUACGCGCCUACACACCAGCUCACCUACAAGCAGCCGGGUAUGCCACACAACUUCGCAUACAAUGUUAGGGACGACUACUCCGGCACCAACUUCGGCCACAGUGAGAACUCCGACGGCAACACCGUCCGUGGCUCCUACAAUGUCGACCUUCCCGACGGACGCAAGCAGACGGUGAACUACGAAGCUGACCAUGUUAAGGGGUAUAUUGCCGAUGUGCAGUACAAGGGGGAGGCCCAGUACCCUCACCAGUACGGUCCACCGGUAACCUUUAAACCCCAGGAAUCGUACCAGCCCCAGCCUCAACCAUCAUACCAGCCUCAGCCUGAGCCAUCAUACCAGCCCCAGCCUGAGCCAUCAUACCAGCCUCAGCCUCAGCCAUCAUACCAGCUUCAGCCUGAGCCAUCAUACCAACCCCAGCCUGAACCAUCAUACCAGCCCCAGACUGAACCAUCUUACCAGCCUCAGCCUCAGCCAUCAUACCAGUCCCAGCCUGAACCAUCAUACCAGCCCCAGCCCUCAUACCAACCCCAGCCUGACCCAUCAUACCAGCCCCAGCCUCAACCAUCAUACCCGCCCCAGCCUGAACCAUCAUACCAGGCCCAGCCUGAACCAUCAUACCAGCCCCAGACUGAACCAUCAUACCAGCCCCAGACUGAACCAUCUUACCAGCCCCAGCCUGAAUCAUCAUACCAGCCCCAGCCUGAAUCAUCAUACCAGCCCCAGCCUGAGUCAUCAUUCCAGCCCCAACCAUCAUACCAACCCCAGCCGCCAUACCAGCCCCAGCCUGAAUCAUCAUACCAGCCCCAGCCUGAGCCAUCAUUCCAGCCCCAGACUGCACCAUCUUACCAGCCCCAACCCUCGCAUCAACCCCAGCCUGAAUCAUACCAGCCCCAGCCUGAGCCAUCAUUCCAGCCCCAACCAUCAUACCAACCCCAGCCGUCAUAUCAGCCCCAGUCUGAAUCAUCAUACCAGCCCCAGCCUGAGCCAUCAUUCCAGCCCCAGACUGAACCAUCUUACCAGCCCCAACCCUCGUACCAACCCCAGCCUGAAUCAUCGUACCAGCCCCAGCCUGAGCCAUCAUUCCAGCCCCAGCCAUCAUCAUACCAACCCCAGCCGUCAUACCAGCCCCAGCCUGAACCAUCAUACCAGCCACAGCCUGUACCAUCAUACCAGUCUCAGCCUGAACCAUCAUACCAGCCUCAGCCCUCAUAUCAGCCUCUGCCCGAGCCAUCAAACCACCUUCAGCUUACAUAUCAACCUGAGUCUAAGGCAUCUAAUCUAGACGAGCUCUCAUACCAUCUUGACACUGAACCAGCGAACCAACCUGACACUGAACCAGCGAACCAACCUGACACUGAACCAGCGAACCAACCUGACACUGAACCAGCGAACCAACCUCACACUGAACCAGAGUAUAAAAUUGACACUGAACCAGAGUAUAAAACUGACACUGAACCAGAGUAUAAAACUGACACUGAACCAGAGUAUAAAACUGAUACUGAAACCAAGUACCAUCCUGACACUGCGCCCACAUACCAUUCUGACACUGCGCCAGAGCCCCAACAUGAGAGUGCCCCAUCAUCCCACCCUGACGCAGACUCCUCGUACCAAUCAGGUACAGAAUCCUCGUACCACCUUGACACAGUCAGUGACCCUCAAGACGACUGA